AUUAAAAAAAGAAAAUACUCGAGGAGCUACAGCUAUAAAAUAUUGGCUCGAGAGAGGGCAGAGUAUCUUAAACUUGCUAAGAUAGAUAGCAUAGCUAGCACCUCACAUAGCAUAAUGGAGACUGUUAGCCUAAAGGGUGAUAAUCAUAAAUAUGAAGACAUUGUUGGGAAUAAAAAUGAUAAUGACAUUGAUAGUGAUUCUAGUAAUAAUGACAGUGACAUUGAUAGUGAAUCUAUAAAUAAUGACAGGGACAUUGAUAGUGACUUUAGUAAUAAUGAUAGUGACAUUGGUAGUUACAUUGAUAGUGACUCUAGUAUUCAUGACAGUAACAGUGAUUGCAAUUUGGAUGGCAGCGAUAAGAGUGAUAUGGAAAAUAUUGAAGGAAAUAAUCGUAAACUACCAAAGGAACUUUCACAAUUACAUGUUGCAUUAGAUCAUAAAUGUAACCCAAAAGAUUUUUUAAUUAAUUGGGCAAUUAAAAAUAAUAUUACACAUUCUGCACUAAGUGAAAUUUUAAAAUGGUUAAGUACAAAACCAGAUCUAAAUAAUAUUCCAACAGAUGCCAGAACUCUUUUAAAAACUCCAAAAAAAAACAAUAUUCAAAAUCAUAAAAAAGGGGAUUUUUUUUACUUUGGUUUAGAAAAUAAUUUAAUAUCCAUACACAAGGAUUAUCCUAAAUUGUCUAUAAUGCGCUUAAAUUUUAAUAUUGAUGGUUUACCCAUACAAAAAAGCACAAAAACUGCUUUUUGGCCCAUUUUGUGUAACAUAGAAAAUGUUGAAAAGGUAUUUGUAGUUGCCAUAUUUUGUGGUCAAUCCAAGCCAGUUUUAGAAGAGUUUUUUGAAGAAUUUGUGGAAGAAAUGUUAAAAUUAAAAGAUGGGCUUCAAACUAAAUCAGGAGUUGUAAAAAUUAAUAUAAGAUCAUUUAUUUGUGAUGCUCCAGCCAAAUCAUUUGUAAAAAACAUAAAAAAUCACAAUGGAAAUUACUAUUUAGUAGAGUUUCCAGAAGAAUUUCAAGAUGGCCAAAUUCCCAUGGCAAUAAUUCCCAAGACAUGGUUGUUGGGAAAUAGCCAUUGCCUUUGGCCAAAUUUUAAAAAUGAAAAGGAUAAAAUCAAAGCCAUAAUAAACAAAAAUCCUCCAGAAAAAGAUUCUGAUAGAUGCAAGAUUUUAAUAAAAUAUAAGACUGAUUCCUACAAUAAAGCCGUGGAGAAAUUAAAAAAGAUGGAAAAAGUAUAUGUUUCACAGCUCUCACAAAGUGAUAGCGAUAAUGAAACUUUAAAAAGGCCUAAAAAGCCAAAUAAAAAAUAUGUACAUAUAGAUAGUGAUAGUGAUGAUGCACUGCCAAGUAUUCCACCUGUUCCAUCAGUAGUGCAGUCUCCUAUAAGGCAGCGCAUUUUAGAUGACAAUUUUCGACUUGAAAGGCUUGAAGCAAUGUUAGUUAAAAUAAAUUUGAAGCAGGAUAAAAUUCUAGAAGAAAUAGAAGACCUAAAAUUUAAAGUAUGUGGAAAUACAGUAAAUACUGAGAUGGAAUGUUAUGAAAGCUUCUCAUUAAUGACUACUCAUGAAGAGUUAAAAAAUUUCAAUGAAAAGUUGGGGGAAACAGUUUUCUUUUCCAAUAUGUGCUCAAAACUAAGGCUUAUUGGGGGAAAAGACGUAGUUGAUUCCACAAGAAGAAUACUAUCUAAAAUAUUAUCCAACAGUUUGGCUAAACAAUACAACUGGAAGGGGAAAGGAGCAAAAAGCCCAUUUGUGACCUAUAAUAAUAUAGUUAACCUCAUAAUAGGCUCACUAAGGUUAAACAACCUUACAAAAGAUGCAUCCACAACAGAGGUGGAAAGUGUCAUCAAAGGUUGGUUAAGGACAGCUGGUGAUAGGGAAGGAGGAAGAAGACAAAGAGACUCUUCUCUACCACAGAAAUAAUUAUAAUGAUUUUAUUACUUUAGUUUUGUAAAAAAAAAA